AUGCUGCUGCCCAGCACGCACAGAGGCGUGAACACGCGGAGGACGCGCAGCGCCGUGCUGACCGGCAGCGGAAAACACGAAGCGCCCACGGCCGCGCCGCGGAGCUCUCAAAACCGCGUGCGCGAACAGAGGCGGAGCAGCGACCUCCCGGGCCAGGGAAGGGACCACCCACAAGAUGGGACCACCCACAAGACCGCACACGCGAGCUUUGGGAUGCUCUCUCUCCGCCGUGGUGGGCCUCCCCCUCCGGAUUUAACCCUUCGAAGGCCAUUCCCCGGGCAUUGCUUUCUCACUGCUGUCCCCAGCUCCGAGCUGUCUCAGGAGCCCUUCACCUCUCUGGGGAAUAACGAUGUGAAGAAACAAGCAUCUGUAAUGAUGCUCCUGGACCGACCCCAGAAUGCCUUCCACACCUGCCCUCUGCCUCGGCUGCGGGAACGCUCCAUCGGCCUGGAUCCCGGAGCACGGGGGCUGUGCGUCAAUGCUCUCCUUCCUGCAGGUGACCCCCUCCUCGGGGUGACCAUCCUCCCGCCUCUGAGGACCACCCCCGUGAUGCGAGCCCUGAAUGCGGCGCACAACGGGCGCGUGUGCAGCACCUGGGGCGACUCCCACUACAAGACCUUCGACGGCGACAUCUUCCGCUUCCCCGGCCGCUGCAACUACGUCUUCUCCGCGCAUUGUGGCUCCGCCUAUGAGGACUUCAACGUCCAGCUGCGCCGCAGCCCCGAGGCCAACGCCACCACUCUGAGCAGGGUCACCAUGAGGCUCGACGGCACAGUCAUUGAACUGACCAAGAGCUCCGUCCUGGUCAAUGGCCGCCCAAUCCAGCUGCCCUUCAGCCAGUCGGGGGUCUUCGUUGAGCGCAGCAGCAGCUACCUGAAGGUGGUGGCCAGGCUGGGCCUCGUCUUCAUGUGGAACCAGGACGACAGCCUCCUGCUCGAGCUGGACACCAAGUACGCCAACCAGACCUGCGGGCUCUGCGGAGACUUCAACGGUAUCCCUGGCAUCAACGAGUUCUUCUCCCACGAUGCCAGGCUGACCCCCAUCGAGUUUGGGAACCUGCAGAAGAUGGACGGCCCCACGGAGCAGUGUCAGGACCCUGUCCCUGUGGCCCCGGCCAACUGCUCCACAAGCACUGGUAUCUGCGAGGGGAUCCUGAGCGGGGAGCCGUUUGCGGGCUGUAAUGCCCUGGUGGACGCCGGUAGCUACGUGGACACCUGCCAGCAAGACCUCUGCCUCUGCGAGCACGCCGACCUGACCCGCUGCCUCUGCCACACCCUGGCCGAGUACUCCCGCCAGUGUGCCCACGCCGGGGGGCUGCCCCUGGACUGGCGGGGCCCCGACCUCUGCCCCCAGACGUGCCCCCUCAACAUGCAAUACCACGAGUGUGGCUCUCCCUGCGCUGACACCUGCUCCAACCGCGAGCACUCCCAGCUCUGCGAGGACCACUGCCUGUCCGGCUGCUUCUGCCCAGAGGGGAUGGUGCUUGAUGACAUCAGCCAGACCGGCUGCGUCCCUGUGUCCCAGUGCCCCUGCGUGUACAAUGGGGCCACCUACACUCCGGGGGCCGUCUACUCCACAGACUGCACCAACUGCACCUGCUCCGAAGGCCGGUGGAACUGCCAGGAGCUUCCGUGCCCCGGCACCUGCUCCGUGCUGGGCGGCGCCCACUUCUCCACGUUUGACGAGAGGCCAUACACGGUGCAUGGUGACUGUAGCUACGUGCUGGCCAAGCCUUGUAAUGGCAGUGCCUUCACUGUGCUGGCCGAGCUGCGCAGGUGCGGGCUGACAGACAGCGAGACCUGCCUGAGGAGCCUGACGCUGAGCCUGGCUGGGGGACAGACGGUCAUCGUGAUCAAGGCCAGCGGGGAGGUGUUCGUGAACCACAUCUACACCCAGCUGCCUGUCUUGGCAGCCAACGUCACGCUCUUCAGUCCCUCGACCUUCUUCAUCAUCGCCCAGACAAACCUGGGUCUGCAGGUGGACGUCCAGCUGGUGCCCACCAUGCAGGUGUUCGUGAGGCUGGCGCCUGAGCUCCGAGGGCUGACCUGCGGUCUCUGUGGGAACUUCAACCAGAACCAGGCCGAUGACCUGCGGGCCCUCAGCGGCGUGGUAGAGGGCACGGCCGCCGCCUUCGCCAACACCUGGAAGACGCAGGCCGCCUGCCCCAACGUGAAGAACAUCUUCGAGGACCCCUGCUCCCUCAGCGUGGAGAACGUCCCCAGGAUGGGCACCCCGAGCGGGUGUCAGACGCUGGCGUGGGCGCUCCUGGGCCUGCUGUCACUGCAGAAGGCAGAGACCCAGGGCGGCACGGAGCCCAGCCCGGCCGGCACGGAGGCUGCGGCGGACGGUCGGAGGGCGGGCACAGCCCAGCGCGUAACCUUCAUCCCACCCGUCGCCACCUACUCCACCAUGAGCAACCCGAACGCGGCGCACAGCGGGCGCGUGUGCAGCACCUGGGGCGACGCCCACUACAAGACCUUCGACGGCGACAUCUUCCGCUUCCCUGGCCGCUGCAACUACGUCUUCUCUGCGCACUGCGGCGCCGCCUACGAGGACUUCAACAUCCAGCUGCGCCGCGGCCUGGCCGGCUCCAGGCCCACCAUCACCCACAUCGUCCUCAAGACCCAGGGGCUGGUCCUGGAGGUCUCCAACGGCUCCGUCCUUAUCAACGGGCAGCGGGAGGAGCUGCCCUACAGCCGGGCCGGCUUCCUGGUGGAGCGGGGCAGUGACUACACCAAGGUCAACGUCCGGCUGAUGCUGACCUUCAUGUGGAACGGGGAGGACAGCGCCCUGCUGGAGCUGGACCCCAAGUACGCCAACCAGACGUGUGGUCUCUGCGGAGACUUCAACGGGCUCCGGGCCAUCAACGAGUUCUAUGCCCACAAUGCCAGGCUGACCCCUUUACAGUUCGGGAACCUGCAGAAGCUGGAUGGGCCCACAGAACAGUGCCAGGACCCCCUGCCUGCCCCAGCCGACAACUGCACAGAUAGGGACGGCAUCUGCCACCGCACCCUGCUGGGCGCGGCCUUCGCUCAGUGCAGCCAGCUGGUGGAUGCCGGUGCGUACGUGGCUGCCUGCGCCCAGGACCUGUGCCGUUGCCCCAGUUGUCCGUGUGCCACCUUUGCUGAAUACUCCCGCCAGUGUGCCCACGCCGGGGGCCAGCCGCAGAGCUGGAGGGGCCCCGACUUCUGCCCCCGGACGUGCCCCCUCAACCUGCAGUACCAGGAGUGUGGCUCCCCGUGCGCCGACACCUGCUCCAACUCCGAGCGGUCCCAGCUCUGCGAGGACCACUGUGUGGACGGCUGCUUCUGCCCCCCAGGCAAGUCCUGCACGGUGCUGGACGACAUCACGAACACGGGCUGCCUGCCCGUGGACCAGUGCCCCUGCGCCCACAGCGGCCGCACCUAUGCCCCGGGGGCCUCCUUCAGCACCCACUGCAGCUCCUGCACCUGCUUUGGGGGGCUGUGGCAGUGCCAGGACCUCCCGUGCCCAGGCACCUGCUCCGUUCAGGGCGGGUCCCACAUCUCCACCUACGACGAGAAACUCUAUGACCUGCAUGGGGACUGCAGCUACGUCCUGUCCAAGAGAUGCAUGGACAACAGCCUCACCGUGCUGGCCGAGCUGCGCAAGUGUGGCCUGACGGACAAUGAGAACUGCCUCAAGGCGGUGACACUGAGCAUGAGCGGUGGGGACACGACCAUCCGGAUCCAGGCCAACGGCGGCGUGCUCAUGAACUCCAUCUACACCCAGCUGCCCGUGUCAGCAGCCAACAUCACCAUGUUCAGGCCCUCGACCUUCUUCAUCCUGGUGCAGACGGGCCUCGGGUUGCAGAUGGAGGUACAGCUGGUGCCCCUCAUGCAGGUGGUCCUCAGGCUGGACCCCACCCACCGAGGCCAGAUGUGUGGUCUCUGUGGAAACUUCAACCAGAACCAGGCCGAUGACCUGCGAGCCCUCAGCGGCGUGGUAGAGGGCACGGCCGCCGCCUUCGCCAACACCUGGAAGACGCAGGCCGCCUGCCCCAACGUGAAGAACAUCUUCGAGGACCCCUGCUCCCUCAGCGUGGAGAACGAGAACUACGCCCAGCACUGGUGCUCCCUGCUGACCAGCGCGGCCGGUGCCUUCUCGCCUUGCCACUCCAUCGUCAACCCCGCACCUUUCCACGCGAACUGCCUGUUCGACACCUGUAACUGUGAGAAGAGCGAGGACUGUCUCUGCGCGGCCCUGUCCUCCUACGCGCGCGCCUGCGCCGCCAAGGGCGUGCUGCUCAGCGGCUGGCGGGCCGGCGUCUGCGCCAAGUACAUGAGCAGCUGCCCCAAGUCCCAGGUGUACACCUACGUGGUGGACCGCUGCCAGCCCACCUGCCGCGGACUGAGCCAGGCCGAUGUCACCUGUGCUGUCACCUUCGUGCCCGUGGAUGGCUGCACCUGCCCCCAUGGCACUUUCAUGGAUGACGCUGGCACCUGCGUGUCCGCGGAGGCCUGUCCCUGCUACUUCCGCGGCUCGGUGGUGGCCCCUGGGGAGGUGCUGCAUGACAACGGCAUGGUGUGCUCAUGCGUGAGCGGGAAGCUGAACUGCUUGGGUGCCACCGAACAGACGAGCUCAGGUACUGCGGCCCAUCCAUCCACCCUGCCAGCCAGCCGCCAGGCUGCCCCCCGCAGCGCCAGCCCCAUGCGCCCGUCUGUCUCCGCGCCCCAGGGCAAGGUCUGCGGGCUCUGCGGGAACUUCGACGACAACGCCGCCAACGACUUCACCACGCGGAGCCAGUCCGUGGUGGGCGACGCGCUGGAGUUUGGCAACAGCUGGAAGUUCUCCCCGUCCUGCCCGGACGCCCCGGCCCCCAGGGACCCCUGCGCCGCCAACCCCUACCGCAAGUCCUGGGCCCAGAAGCAGUGCAGCAUCAUCAACAGCCCCACCUUUGCCGCCUGCCGUUCUCAGGUCGACCCCGCCAAGUACUACGAGGCCUGCGUGAGCGACGCGUGCGCCUGCGACUCCGGCGGCGACUGCGAGUGCUUCUGCACGGCCGUGGCCGCCUACGCCCAGGCCUGCCGCGACGUGGGCGUGUGCGUGUCCUGGCGCACCCCGGACGUCUGCCCCCUGUUCUGCGACUACUACAACCCUCAAGGGGAGUGCGAGUGGCACUACCAGCCCUGCGGGGCGCCCUGCCUGAGGACCUGCCGGAACCCCAGCGGCCGGUGUCUGAUGGACGUGCCAGGCCUGGAAGGAUGCUACCCCAGGUGUCCGCCCAGCAAGCCAUUCUUCAGUGAAGACCAGAUGAAGUGUGUGGCCCAGUGCGGCUGCUACGGCCAGGAUGGGAACCACUAUGAUGUGGGCGCCAGUGUCCCCACCACGGAGAACUGCCAGAGCUGUGACUGCACCCCGAGUGGCAUCCAGUGCACACACAGCCUUGCGGCCUGCAAGUGCACCUAUGAGGGCAGGAGUUACAGCUAUGGGGACGUCAUCUACAACACAACCGACGGGCUCGGUGCCUGCUUGGUCGCUGUCUGCGGAAACAACGGGACCAUCAUCCGGAGGGCCAUGGAAUGUCCUAGAACCUUCUCCACGACACCCUUCACCUUUACCUCCACUGCAGCCCCGCCCUCCACGACAGGCUUGGCGCCCACGCUCUCGGCCGUGUGCGUGCGUGAGGUCUGCCGCUGGUCCACCUGGUACGACAGCAACCACCCAGAGCCCGGCAUGGGAGGCGGGGACUUCGAGACGUUUGCGAACCUGAGGCAGAAGGGCCACCAGGUGUGCCCGGCCCCGGCCGGCAUCGAGUGCCGGGCACGGCAGCUCCCUGACAUGCCCCUGGAGCAGCUGGGCCAGAAGGUGGAGUGCAGCCAGCAGCAGGGGCUCACGUGCCUCAACAGCGAGCAGAGUCCUCCGCUCUGCCACAACUACGAGCUGCGGGUCCUCUGCUGCGACCUCGUGCCCUGCAGCACAACCCCGGGCCUGGGCACCAGCCAGGAGCCAACGCCCGGGUCCCUGCCCACGCCCACCCCCACCCUCCAGGCAACAACGGCCUUGACCUCACAGACCCAGUCCACCAGCCCUGCCACAACGGAGACCCGGGGAGCCAGCAGCUCUGUGGCCCCAGGCACCACCUGUCAGCCCCGAUGUUGGUGGACGGAGUGGUUCGAUGCGGACUACCCCACGUCCGAGGAGGCCGGGGGCGACAUCGAGUCUUAUGACAAGAUCAGGAGCGCAGGGGGGACUGUGUGUGAGUGGCCUCAGGACAUAGAGUGCAGGGCGGAGAACUUCCCCGACAGGAGCCCUGAGGAGCUGGGCCAGCACGUGCACUGCGACCCCCGGUUCGGCCUGGUCUGCAGGAACGACAAGCAGGUGGGGCUGUUCAAGAUAUGCUACAACUAUAGGAUCCGAGUGCUGUGCUGCAGCCAGGACCACUGCGGCGGCCACACCACCCCACCGCCACCCACCACUGGCAUGACGACCGCCACUGCCAUUUCCACCGCCGCCACCACUACCAAACCACCAGCGACAGAACCAUGGACCUGGCCAGGAAGCAGUCAGGUGGUGACACGGUCCCCCUUGGGCAGCACUACAGCAGUGCCUUUCCUCUCAACAGGACCAAAAUCCCCAAGAACAUCCCCAAACCCCAGCCACACGGACACGCUCGAGACAUCGGCCACAAGGAGCCCCACGUCUCCUCCAGGCUCCACAAAGCCCACCACCCUGGGCAGGGCCACAACCCCGCAGGGGACCACAGCGGGCACCUCUACAGCUCGCCCCACCGCAAGGACGCCCGUGGGCACAGCAGGCACUGCCUCCACAAACACGCCGCCCGCCUCACACGGCAGCGUGAGCACACCGAGGGCAGAGACCCCGCAGAGAACGCUGUCCUCCACCGAGGCCACCACCAGCCAGGGCACGACCGCCUGCCAACCCAAGUGUGAGUGGACCGAAUGGUUCGAUGUGGACUUCCCCACCUCAGGGGUCACAGGUGGAGACAUGGAGACCUACGACAACAUCAGGGCCGCCGGCGGCAACAUGUGCCGGGAGCCACAGAAGAUCGAGUGCCGGGCGGAGAGCUACCCCGAGGUGAGCAUCGACCAGAUCGGGCAGGUGGUCAGCUGCAGCCUGCAGGCCGGGCUGGUGUGCAGGAACCGGGACCAGAAGGGGCACUUCAACAUGUGCUUCAACUACAACGUGCGCCUGCUCUGUUGUGACGACACACGUCACUGCCCCACCUCUGCCCAGGCCCCGCCCACGACCGCUCAGGGCGCCUCCUCCCGGGCCACCCGCACGGAGCCCCUGCGGACCUCCCCCACGGCGACCCCCCCAGGGUCACCGACCAUAGGCCCCACCUCGGGGACCAGCCUGCCCUCCACCACACUGAAGCCCAGCUCCAGCUCGCCCACCGCGACCGCCGUGACCACGGGGGCCUGCACGCCGCGGUGCGUGUGGACAGACUGGUUCGACGUGUCCCUCCCCAUGCCUGGCGCCGACGGUGGGGAAUUUGAGACCUACGCCAACAUCCGGGCGGCCGGCAGGCCCAUGUGCGAGCGGCCAGUGGCCCUGGAGUGCCGGGCCGAGCUGCUGCCCGACGUCCCCCUGCAGCAGCUGGGCCAGGUGGUGCUGUGCAGGCUGCAGGACGGCCUGGUGUGCCGGAACCGGGACCAGCACGGCCAGUUCAAGAUGUGCCUCAACUACCAAAUCCGUGUGCUCUGCUGCGACUUUGGCCACUGCCCCCGCACCCCAGCGACCACCACGGUGACCUCCCCAAGGACGGGCCCGGGGCUGGCCUCCACCACGGCCCUCGGCGCCCCCACCCCCAGCACGGCACACACCACAGCGAGCUCCCAGUGCCAGCCCGCCUGCCGCUGGACUGACUGGCUGGACAGUGACCGGCCCCUGCCCGGCCGCUACGGGGGCGACGUGGAGACCUACUACCACAUCCAGGACGCGGGCGGCCAGCUGUGCGCAGAGCCGGACCGCGUCGAGUGCGAGGCCGUCCUCUUCCCAGGAGUGCCCCUCGAGCGGCUGGGCCAGGUGCUGCAGUGUGACGCGCACUACGGGCUCAUCUGCAGGAACAGCCGGCAGUGGGGAGGCCAGACCUGCCUCAACUACCACGUCCGGGUGCGCUGCUGUGACGACUUCAGCCACUGCGCCGGCACCGCCAGCACCACGGCCCGUGCCACCGGCACCGGCUCGGGACGGCAGUCAUCAGGAGGGACGAGACUUUGGACAACCACCACCACCCAGACUCUCCUGUCCUCCCCUGGGACCACCCAGAGAGUCACCACCAUCACCAGGGAGACAAGACCCUCCUACACUGGGACAACCAAGGGAAUCGCCAGCCUCACCUCUGAGACAGCAACCUCUAUUCCGGGCACCACCAAGAUGGUCACCACCUCAAGAACUGAGACAGGACCCAGCUCCCCUGGGACCACCCCGAGUGUUACAACUCUGACCUCUGAGACAGGAAUCUCCCCCACGGGGACCACCCAGAGGGGCACCUCCACCACCUCUGAGACAGGACCCUCCUCCCCCGGGACCACCACCACCCCAGGGUCCCCUUCCACGGGCCGCAGCUCUGGGGCCGCCCUGCCCUCCAGCCCCCUGAAGCCCAGCUCCAGCUCGCCCACCCCGGGGCCCUUGACCCCCGGGGCCUGCACGCAGCAGUGCGUGUGGACAGACUGGUUUGACGAGGACUACCCCACGCCCGGCCCCAGUGGCGGGGACUUUGAGACCUUCGAGGUCCUCCGCUUGGCCGGCCAUGUCUUCUGCGAGCACCCUGAGGACAUCGAGUGCCGCUCGGAGCGGGCGCCGGCCAUGAGCCUGGCGGGCGUGGGGCAGGUGGUGCAGUGCAACGUGAGCUUCGGGCUGGUGUGCCGCAACCGCGACCAGCCGGGGCCGGUGCCGUACUGCCACAACUUCCACGUGCGCCUGCUGUGCUGUGCCCUGCACUGCGGCCCCUCGCUGCGCACCACGGUGGCACCGCCCCCGUCCGCGGAGACCCCCAGCCGCCGGCCGCCCUUCAGCGCGUCCUCCACGCCCAGGCCUGUCCUCAGCUCCCGGGGGCCCACCGCCUCGCCGAUGCCACCCAGCCCCGCCACACCCUGUCGGUGCCGGGCCUUCGGACAGCUCUUCCUCCCCGGGGACGUCGUGUACAACAGGACCGACAGUGCCGGCUGCCACUUCUACGCCGUCUGUAACCCGCACUGCGAGCUGGACCGCUUCCAGGGCGCCUGCCCCACCUCCUCACCCCCAGAGCCCUCGUCCUCCGUGCCCCCGACCUCUGCGGCACGAGGCUGUGACCUCGUCGACCCUCCCCGACAGGUGAACGAGACCUGGACGCUGAAAGACUGCACGGUGGCCAAGUGUGAGGGCGACAACCACAUCGCCCUGCUGGAGCCGAAGCCCGUGGCCAAGGUCACCUGUGUGAACGGGCACACGCCCAUCAAAGUGCAGAGCCCGCAGGACCCCUGCGAGUACCACUACGAGUGCGAGUGCUCCUGCAGCGGAUGGGGCUCCAAGUACAGGACCUUCGACGGCACGUCCUACUCCUUCCGGGGCAACUGCACCCACGUGCUCGUGCGCGAGAUCCACCCCCGCUUCGGCAACUUCAGCGUGCUGCUCAACAGCUACUACUGCGCGGCCCCCGCCGCCCCCCGCAGCUGCCCCCGCGCGCUCAUCAUCCACUACGGGUCCACGGAGAUCGUCCUCAGCACCACCACCGACGCCGGGCGGGAGGAGAGCCUGAUCCUGUUCGACCAUGUGCGGGUGAGAUCCGGCUACAGCAGGGACGGCGUGAGCGUGUCUGUGACGGCAAACAGCACGAUGCACGUGGACAUCCCGGCCAUCGGCGCCAGCAUCACCAUGCAUGGGCAAGCCUUCCAGAUCCUGCUGUCCUACAGCCACUUCAGCUACAACACCGAGGGCCAGUGCGGCACCUGCACCAACAACAAGACGGAUGACUGUCGCCAGCCGGACGGCACCAUGGCCCCCACCUGCCAGGACAUGGCCCACGGCUGGCUGGUCCCCGAGAGCAGCAAGGACGGCUGCUGGGCGCCGACCGGCUCACCCCCGACGGCCAGCUCCCUGCCCCCGGCACCCACCACGCCCUCCGCCAGCACGUGCCCCCCGGCGCCCCUCUGCGAGGUGAUGCUGAGCCAGGUUUUCGCCGAGUGCCACAGCCUCAUCCCACCUGACCCUUUCUUCCGGACCUGUGUCAGUGACAGCUGCCAGGCUGGCCCCGUGCCUUGCCAGACGCUGGAGGCCUAUGCGGCACUGUGCCGUGCCCGGGGCGCGUGCAGUGACUGGCGCAAUGCCACCAACGGGCUGUGUGACCUCACCUGCCCGCCUGGAAAGGUGUAUAAGCCAUGCGGCCCUGUGCAGCCCAUGUCCUGUGACUCCAGGAACCACAGCUUGGAGAACACGGGGCUGGCGGAGGGCUGCUUCUGUCCAGAUGGCCACAUCCUCUUCAACUCCUACACGGACGUCUGCGUGCCCACAUGCCCCUGCGUGGGACCAGAUGGGUACCCCAAAUUCCCUGGAGAGCGGUGGGUCAGCAACUGUCAGGCCUGCGAGUGCGACGAGGGCUCAGUGGCCGUGCACUGCGUCCCGGUGAGGUGCGAGGCCCACCGCCCGCCCCCGGAGUGCAGCCAGGCCGGCUUCGUGAGCAUGAGCAGGCCCCAGGCCGACAACCCAUGCUGCUCUGAGACGCUGUGCGUCUGCAACGCGACCACCUGCCCCCAGGGCCCACCAGAAUGUGGGCCAGGCGAGGAGCUGACGCGCACCCUGGAGGAGGGCGGCUGCUGCCCCACCUUUGCCUGCCGGCCUAAGCUGUGCACCUACAACGACACUGUGUAUGGGGUUGGUGCAACCUUCCCAGCCACCGUCCCCUGCCACACGUGCACCUGCCUGUCUGUGGACACCCAGGGCCCGACGGUGCAGUGCAAGGAGGACACCUGCAACACCACCUGCCCCCAGGGCUCUGAAUAUGUGCGAGCAGCUGGGCAUUGCUGCGGGGAAUGCGUACGCACCGCCUGCCUCACGCCGGACGGCGGGCUGGUCCAGCCUAAUGAGACCUGGGUGGACAGCCGCGUAGACAACUGCACUGAGUACCGCUGCCAGGACGAGAGCGGGGUCCACAUGCUGACCCCAAGGCCCGUGACCUGCCGCGACGUGUCCAGCUGCAGGGGCAUCCUCAGGAAGACUGGCUGCUGCUACUCCUGUGAGGAAGUGGACUCCUGCCAGGUCCACGUCAACAGGACCAUCCUGCGGCACGGGGACUGCGAGGCCGUCGUCAACGUCACCUUCUGCGAGGGCUCCUGUCCCGGAGUGUCCAAGUACUCCGCGGAGGCCCAGGCCAUGCAGCGGCAGUGCACCUGCUGCCAGGAGACUGAGGCCCACCAGCAGGCGGUGACCAUGCAGUGUCGCGACGGGACCGCCGUCCAGCGCACCUACACCCACGUGGACGCGUGCGGCUGCGCCCCGUCCUGUGCGUCCUCGCCUGUAGCUCCCGAGGACAGCACCCCUGUUCUUCUGUCCUAG